CGCCCGAUUGUAGCUGAGAUAGGCGCCAGCGCCCCCCGCGACCCCGAAAGGGAAUAAGCGGUAGAAAAUGGAUGGAUGGCAAACACUUUCUUGUGGUCUACAUAACAUGUAAUGAUGAUUAUUUGGUCAAAAUAUUAGAUUAUGUUUUAUAGAUCAUCUUCAAGACGCUUUCUGACAGUCGCUUCAGGGUGCACCGUUUUGUGGGCGGUCUUAUUUAUGUGGCUCACCUAAGACCGUGUCUUCUCACCAUCAUCUUUGUUAUAGGGGUGUAGCGUGGAAGAAGUGUCAAAAGAUGGAACUAUCUGUUUUAAUGACAUUCAGACUUUACUUAAAUCAAUAACAGAGCAGCAUCUACUCAGCUGUGGCUCACUAGUGCAACAACAAGUCCGGAAAUGUGUCCUAUAAAAAACCGUCGGACUGGAACUCUAAUAACUAAAGUUCCUUGGGUGAAUAAUGUAAACUCACUACACCGGUAUAUUUUAGCGCUUUCAUGGUGAGUUAACUGACCAAUAUGAGUAAGAACUUUGCACUACUUUAUAUUAAAAAUGGCAACAGCGUAGGAUGAAUGUCCCAUAACAAGAACAUAAAAAGAAGAAGCUUAGACAACUGUGUCCCACGGACUACAAAGGCGAAUGCGCGCAAAUUUUCAGGAUUUAUGCAGAUCCCACAUACAGAUUACAAGAUCACACGUUUGUGCCCAGCCUGUCAACUGGACAAACCCACCUUGCGGCGCAUAUUUGAGGCGGUGGGUCUUAACCUUCCCGCUCGGCUGCUGGUGACCGCAGUGAAGGGCAGCGGGGAACCCAGCUUGCCCGUCCAUGAGCUCCUGUCUUUGGGUACGGCUCUGUUGUCUGCCCUGAGCACCGAUCCGGAGAUGGCCUCUCAGCCUCAGCUGCUCGCUACAGUCCCGUUACUGCUGGAAAUCCUCGCACGUGGUCCAACGAGCCGUGAGCAGAGGGAGAAGGGUCCUGAGAAUCAUCCUGGCGAUGAAGCAAAAAAGGGUAAUGAUGAUGAUGAUGAUGCAGCAAACGAGGCACCUAAAGUAACCUCACCUCCAGCAAAGCUUGAUGAAGCCAUGGCUUCCGACUGCUACCAGGUGCUGACAGCUGUACACGCCUUACCCAGAGGUCCCGACCAGUUGUUGAGCCGGGGCGCCGUUCCCGCUCUCUGCCAGGCCGUGGAACAGAACCAGACCUUCAGCCAGAAGAUGGGCAUUCCCUUGCUGGGUUGCCUCCUCUCCGGUAAAACCAAAGAGAAAGCGUGGAGCAAACACUCCUCUGAACUGUUGAGUCUGCUAGUGACAAUGUCCGAAGACUUCUGCACAGCCACGGGACAGACCAGGCUGGGCAUGUGCUCCCAGUUGGUCCAGUUCCUCCCCCCGGUAGGAGUAACAGUCGAAAGGGAGACGCUGAGGGAAGUUGUGAGCCGAGUGUGGGGGGAACUGCAACCCAUGAUGCAGGCUAAGAUGACACCCAGACAGAUCGGGCCAGUUUUAGUCCUCAGCGCAUGUCUGCUUGAUUUGUACGGAUGGGAGCUGGCUGGACCACCAAAGUUCUGCUGCCUCCUGGUGAAUCGGGCGUGCGUGGAGGUCAGGAUGGGUUUGGAGGAACCCCCUGGCAGCGAUCUGAGCCAAGAGCAGCAGGACACACUGACAGGUUGUUACCGGAUCAUGGAGGCCGCCAUAGAGCAGGCUUGCAGCCCGGCGGUCACGGCCGCGACUGCACCGGCUCAGGGCAGCGUCGCCAGCCUCAGUCUCCAGCAGAGCAGGCAGGUCCUUGGCGUGUUGGAGGAGGCCUUCUCUGCUUUAAUGUACCACCUGCAGCAGGUGGACCCGAGCUGCUACGGCGAGCCUUUCAUUUUCGCCACAUUCCGCUGCCUGUGCUCAUGGCUGGCUGAGGAGACUUCCUGUCUGAAGGAGGAAGUGACCAAGCUGCUGCCGGUCCUCAUCGGCUACUCGCGGAGCCACCUGCUGGUGGAGAGCUCCGAGCGGGGCCUCGCCGACUGGAUGGAUGAAAUGACGGUCGCUGGUGCGAGUGGGGCGUGGACGGGCAAAGAGGCGCUAAGGUACCUCCUGCCAGCUCUGUGUCACCUGUCUGCGGAGGAAGGUCCCCGAAAGGUGCUGCUCACCCUCGACACGCCAGCCCUGUUAGCCAACUACCUGUCGCACGGCUUCACUUCCUUAAAGGGGAAAAACGCAGUGAGGGACCCCAGCAUGGAGACGGCCUGCUCGACCCUCCUUAAUUUUUCCGUCACUGAGCCUGAAAGAGUCAGGAAAGACCAACAUUUCAGAACUCUGGAAAAGCACUUAAGUGAAGCACUUCCUGUUUUGGUGCAUAAACCAAGCCUCCUUGUCCUCGCAGCCAAUUACUGCACUUUGGGUUUGAUGAUUGGCAGGCUGAAAUCAACUGAGACAGCUGAAGCCGGUCAAAGCCGCUUCUUCUCCACUGCCCUCUGCUUCCUCCACAGCGCUCUGGACUCCAAGCCCAGCCCAGGACCGGCCAAGGUGAGCCCCGCCUGGGAGAACAGCUGGGAUGAGGUCGCGGAGCUCUGGAGGUUGGGCAUCCAGGCCCUGGGGGGCUGCGUGCGCGCUCAGCCUUGGGUCAAGGCGCUGGUCCGAGAGGAAGGUUGGCUGAGAAACACGCUGGGCAUGCUGGAGUCGUGUAGCGCGCUGCCGGACCUGCACACGCAGGCGGCGCUGGAGGAGGCUCUGUGUGCUGUGGCGGACCAGUGCCCGCUCUGCAAACAGGACAUUGGAGAUGCCCUGAGGAGGUGUGAGAAAGGAGCUCUGAGCUGCAUGAGGAAACUGAAGAAGGCUGUCGGAGUAAAAUAAGCUCCUUGACAGAAAAUGUUCAAUCCUCAAUCCGUACGUGUUGUACCAAAUAUUAAUUACGCACGUCUAAUAAUAUAACUUUUAAUAAAGAAUUAUUUUCUUAUGGAACAUUAAA